GGAAGACUCCCGGAUAUUCUUAUUUCUCUGAGGGAAGAUGGAGACCGUGGUUUGGGAGUGUGGUUAGCACUUGCGGAUCCUGAAGAGGGGAAAUAUGAACCCGCCUUUAAGAAGGAAGCUGGAUGUUCUCUGUCUUCUGACUGCCAGGAAUGCGUCGGAGAUCCCAUUAUGAUCAAUGCGUACUGGAAACACCGCCACCAGAGCCGUCCGUCCAUGGGACUGUGGAGGACAGCUAGGAUUUGAAGGGCACUAUGGUUCUGUGCCGAUCCAUCAUGGCUGCCUACUCCGGCUCCGUCUGGGUACUUCUUGUUCUCGUCCAGGGGGCCAUGGGACACAGCCUGUUCGCUUGUGAGCCCAUCACUCUAAGAAUGUGUCAAGACCUCCCGUACAAUACCACCUUCAUGCCCAAUCUCCUCAACCACUAUGACCAGCAGACGGCAGCCCUGGCAAUGGAGCCUUUCCACCCCAUGGUGAACCUGGAGUGUUCCAGAGACUUCCGGCCCUUCCUGUGCGCGCUCUACGCGCCCGUCUGCAUGGAAUACGGGCGGGUCACACUGCCGUGUCGCAGGCUGUGCCAGCGGGCGUACAGCGAAUGCUACAAACUCAUGGAGAUGUUUGGCGUGCCGUGGCCGGAGGAGAUGGAGUGCAGCCGAUUCCCCGAUUGCGAUGAGCCCUACCCUCGAAUGGUGGACCUCAGCGUCUCCAGGCUGCCCACGGAGGACGCCCCGCUAGCGGUGCAAAGAGACUAUGGCUUCUGGUGCCCCAGGGAGCUUAAAAUUGACCCCGAGUUGGGUUACUCCUUUUUGGGAGUGCGUGACUGUUCCCCGCCCUGCCCACACAUGUACUUCCGGAGGGAAGAACUCUCCUUUGCCCGAUACUUCAUCGGGGUCAUUUCCAUCGUCUGCCUCUCGGCCACCUUGUUCACCUUUUUGACGUUCCUCAUUGACGUGACCAGGUUCCGAUACCCGGAAAGGCCCAUCAUAUUCUACGCCGUCUGCUACAUGAUGGUCUCGCUGAUCUUCUUCAUCGGGUUCUUGCUGGAGGGCCGCGUGGCGUGCAACGCCUCCAGCCCCACCCAGUACAAGGCCGCCACUGUGACCCAAGGAUCUCACAACAAGGCUUGCACAAUGCUCUUCAUGGUUCUCUACUUCUUCACCAUGGCCGGCAGCGUUUGGUGGGUGAUCCUCACCAUCACCUGGUUCUUGGCGGCCGUUCCCAAAUGGGGGAGCGAAGCCAUUGAGAAGAAGGCGCUCUUGUUUCACGCCAGCGCCUGGGGCAUCCCGGGUACCCUCACCAUCGUCCUUCUGGCCAUGAACAAAAUCGAAGGGGACAACAUCAGCGGGGUUUGCUUUGUUGGCCUGUACGACGUCCACGCCUUGAGAUACUUUGUCCUGGCGCCCCUCUGCCUGAACGUUGUGGUUGGCGUGACUUUACUCCUGGCCGGGAUUAUUUCUCUGAACCGAGUGCGGAUUGAGAUCCCGCUGGAGAAGGAAAACCAGGACAAGCUGGUGAAGUUCAUGAUCCGCAUUGGCGUGUUUAGCAUAUUGUACCUGGUUCCUCUCUUGGUGGUGAUCGGCUGCUACUUCUACGAGCAGGCUUACCGGGGGGUGUGGGAGACCACGUGGAUUCAGGAACGCUGUCGAGAAUAUCACAUCCCGUGCCCUUACCAGGUGACGCAGACAAGCCGUCCUGACCUCAUCCUCUUCCUGAUGAAGUACCUAAUGGCCCUGGUGGUGGGAAUACCGUCCGUCUUCUGGGUGGGCAGCAAGAAGACCUGCUUCGAGUGGGCCAGCUUUUUUCAUGGCCGGAAGAAGAAAGACAGAGGCGUCAACGAAAGCCGCCAGGUCCUCCAGGAGCCCGACUUUGCUCAGUCUCUCCUCCGGGACCCCAAUGCCCCCAUCGUUCGCAAAUCACGCGGGACGUCCACUCAGGGAACAUCGACUCACGCCUCGUCCACUCAGCUGGCUGUGAUGGAUGAGCAGAGGAGCAAAGCGGGCAGCGUCCACAGCAAGAUGAGCAGCUAUCACGGCAGUCUUCAUCGCUCCAGGGACGGAAGGUACACGCCAUGCAGCUACCGAGGAAUAGAAGAACGGGUCACGCACGGCAGCAUGUCCCGUCUCACCGACCACUCCCUGCACAGCAGCACGCAUAGACUUAAUGAGCAGUCCAGGCAAGGCAGUGUCAGAGACUUAAACAACCCCUUGGCUCACAUCUCCCAUGGGACCAGCAUGAACCGAGUCAUUGAAGAGGAUGGAGCAAGUGCCUGAAGGGCUCCUUGAUGACGGACACACAUGUCUUCUUGAAAGCACUAUGUAGUUCAAAAGAAUUACUAAGGAAGAGUUGAGCUCUUUCCCCUAACUCACCAAGGGGGGGCCUGUUCAUUGAUUUAC